GCUUCAUCGUCGCGGCCGGCCUCUUGAAUGCCGAGGAGAUCCGGCUGGUCCAUGACCUCGCCCUCCAUCCAAGCGUGCAGGAAAUUUGCGACCGCAAAGCCAGUCUGGAGUAUCGCAACUGCAUGGUGAACUUCGUCGGGUUGCCGGCGCACAAGCUCGCCACUGGCAUGCUCUAUGGCCUAGCCAAUAACAUUCCCUGCCGGCCCGAUGAGGGGAACGGGUCGAGCUACCCCUCCGAGCUCAUGGUUCCGGACUCAGUUCAGG